AUGGAAAUUAUCGAACAAAUAUACAAUAAAAAUAAUAAUAAUCAUGACGAUGAUAUUAUCGGCAAGCUAAAAAAACUUGAAAGGAAAUUAAUCGUUGAUUUUGUGGAUAAUCAUUUGGAAAUUUUAAAAUUGGCGGGCAUAAUUUUUGAAGAAUUGAAUAAUGAAAUAACGUCUGCCAACUGGACAAUUUUAGGCGACAAAACAAAAAAAGAUCUGAUGAUUGUGAUGAUGAAAACACAGAAGCCAUUUACUUUUACAACGGGUAAAAUAAUUCAACCAGACAGGGAAUCAUUAAAAAACAUUGCACAAGUCGCUUACUCACUGUACAGUUUAAUGAGGAAAACAACUGAUUAA